AUGGACAGUAACAAUUCCAAUUUGCAAUUACUGGAUUCAGCUUCUGGCGGCACUGCAUCCGACCAAGCUUCAGAACCUACCACCAGUUCUUUAGAAAAACACGAGCCAAUAAGCACAUCUAAGCGACCGCGUGGCCGUCCAACAGGUUCCAAAAACAAAUCCUCUUCCUCUGUAACACCUUCGAUCGUUGAAUCGAAGGCGAAUUCGAAUGCUGUUGAAGGAAAGAGAAGAAGAGGGCGUCCCGUUGGCUCAACAUCUAUAUCUCACCAACGGAGUAAUAAAAAGGAUGCUUCCCUUAUUUCGGAAAUCCUUAAUUCACCGAGCAUGCUCACAGCAUUCCUUAAUGGAAGCAAGUGCAUUUGCUUUAAUUCAAAAGACGAUAUUAAGCGGUUCGUAAUUGACUGGUCAAUGUCGAUCGGAAAAGCCUUCAAAGUCCUCAAGUCUUCUCAGCGCCGAUACGAAGUUGGAUGUCCCUGGCAAUUCGAUUCUACCAACGAACAGGAGGGGGAUUCCCUAGAUUUUGAUAAAGAAAAAAUCGAUGAAAAUCUGAUCAACAUUCCUGAAGAAAUAAUGUCCGACUCCUCCCAAAACGCACAAUCAACGUCGCCCACAUCUGAUUGUCCUUUCAGGCUUUCUUUGAAUUUCAGCACAAAGGCAAACGGAUGGAAUGUCCGCAGUUUUAUUGCACAUUCUUGUCCAAACUCCAACAGAUUGAAAAAGGUCCCUGUUCACUGGAUAUUGGAGAAAUUCAAGUCCCUUUAUCAGGUCAAUACCCAGGAUAUGUUAACUCUUCCAGAUACCUCGAGCCCUGGCGAAUCUUUGACCGGAAACGAAGGUGAAACCCAAAGUGAGCUGGAAACUUGCAAUUUUAGAACCACACUUACGAAGCCCAUUGUUGAGUCCUUUACCCCUAGUCGCGUUCAGGCAGCAAUUCUGGAGUCAUUUGGCAUAGAAAUUCCAUAUCCAUCUGCUUGGAAAUGCCUCUCUCUACUGCAACAGGAAUACGGAAUAGACGUCCAUUCUCAAUACUCUGCGCCUGUAAGCCAAUUUCAGGAUUCAAUUCGAAGAGGGCCUGGAAGGCCCAAAAAGGCACUGUUGAAUUCGGUGAAGGACAAACACAACUAUUGCGCGAUUGAAACGUUCUCGGAGCCAUUUGUGCCAAGCUAUGACCAUUCAAUAUUUGGGCAAACCCCUUUUGAGCUCCAAAACUUUAAUUCAUUCUCUAUGCCUCCUCGGUCCGGAAAUGAGUACAUGGUGGCCACGCCAAUCGCAUCCUCAUCCACGACCACCACCACCACGUCCUCUUCAUCAAUGGUAUCUAACGAAGAAGUUACCAACCGGGAAUAUGAUAGACAAAGCAGUUAG